AUGGGAAAAGGAUUUGCCCCGCAAUCUUAUCCACUAUCCGUUACAUAUUAUCCAAAAUGUAAAAAUCAAAGGGUACUUACUACAAGGGCCAAUGGAGACCCACUAUCAAGGGUUUAUCUUUGGGUUUUUCUUUCAAA